UUUAUCAGUCAAAUAAUUCAGAGUGGAGUAUGUAGUCCGUAUUUGUGUCAAAGGUUUUUUUCACCAAUUAUCCUCAGAGAUUUUGUCUCUGCUUUUCUUCCCUUACAGUAUAUGCUCCGAGAAUAGUGAAAUGUGAUUUCUAUCACACGUAAACGUUAUCUUUCGUUGCUUUUUUUAUUUAAUCCUCCCAUUUCUUCUUACCCUCGUCAGCAACCUAACCAUGUAGGCAGACACAGAUAAGUCGCAGACGUUUGAGCAAAAGUGCGUUCAACAGAGGAUGAAGGCUGCCUCCAUCUUCAUUGGCGUAUCUUUUUACUCAGUCAGCAGAUCAAACCCUCCUCCCUAAAAUGACCAACUACACUAGCACUUUAAAGUUCGACGAAUUAGAUGCUGAUAUUUUACUACUCAUCUUUGAUUUCUGCUCCUUGAAUGAUGUGGUGGCUCUGAAACGCGUUUGCCAUUACCUCAACUGUGUUAUCAACGACUCAUACCUGGUUUUUCGUAAAAGUAAACGUGUUUUAGUCAGCAACCAAUCUACAAAAACAGUACUUAACAGGAGUUAUGCCGUUUUAAAUCCUGCUGAAAAAUGUAGAAUAUCCAAAAAUUGGAUUAAUGGAAGUUACAAAGAAACAGUUUAUCGGUUCAAAAACAAAUACAUGCCAUGGUUGGUGCUACAUAGGGACGUACUCUGGCUCAGUCAAAAAAAUACUAUCACUGCUUAUCCUCGAACAAAAAGUGGCAUCGAUUUCAAAAAUCCCACCGUUUCGCUUUCAAUUGAAGCAACAUCUGGCGCAGAUGUGUCAAGAUUUGAUCUCAACUCUUCUAUCUUGAUUUGUGGCGACAGAGAUGAUGGCAUUUGGGGCUUUGAUCCAUCAAACGGAAAGCGUCUGUUUAGCAAAAGACAUGCUCAUAUGUCUGAUGUCAGCGCAGUUGCUCUCUGCGGCAAUUUGAUUGUCUCAUCCUCCAAAGACGGUGUUGCUAAACUUUGGAAGAUCAGUGAUGAUAGAACUAACUGUACUGAGAUUUCCAAGAAAUUCAUGUUCAGCAGAAUUUGGUGCACCGCUGUGAAUCCAAUGAAUAACUUAGUCUGUUGUGGGGUUGCCCGUUCUCCAUCAAAUCCGUUGUCCAUCAGUAUUUUUGAUUUCAACACGAAAAAGGAACAUACAAUCUAUGCUGAUAAAGGAGAUUAUCAAGGAGUAGUCUUAGAUGUUGUGUGGGAAACUCCUUCAACAGUGCUUACUUGUGGAAGCAGUUCAUGCGUGAAACUUUACGAUUUGAGGUGCAAUAAAGUAGUACUUACCUGGAGCGACCCAUUUGACACUGCAGGCUAUUGUUUAGCGACUGACAACUCAUAUUCCGUUCUUUGUGGUGUUGCCAUGCACAAUAGAAUCCAAUUGUACGAUAAACGCACUUGUAGUAGUGUCCAGAGUUUUUACUGCAACCAAAAAAUGUCCAGCCCUGUGUAUAGCACAAAUUUCGAUGCCACCCAUUUGUUUUCCAUUCUCGACUCCUCACUUAGCAUCAUGGACUUCAAAGGCUAUAACAAUGUCAGCAAAAAUUACAGCCAAUUUUACAACUGGAUUCAGGUCAAAAAUGGAACUUAAAAUGUCUGUUUUCCGCUCUGUUACCAAUUUAAAUGAAUUCUUCAUCAAAUGCUUUCCCAUCAGAUUUUGUUGUUAUCAGUUAUCCAAUAAUCAACAGUUUGUGAUACUUUAGUUAUAAAUGUUAAGUUUUUUCCAGCUGCCGGGCAGAAACAAUUUUUAAGUGAUUAAUUUAUACAUUAGUUUUUGUGUUUGUCAUUUUCUCUAAGCACAUACCUGCUCAUUGGAAUCAUAUUAAAGUACCCCUCAAGACUGUCCA